GUUGUAUAUUUUGUUCACGGAGACUUAGCUGUAAACAACAGACGCGUCAGAUAUGAAAUGAACAUGAUCAACUAAUCAGUGUCAGUUAAAAUUAUUGUCAGUGAUUAUAGCAGAGAUUGCAUGUGAACUAUGAUUUAGGUGACAAAAUGUAAUUAAUGAUCAGAUGACUGUGAUUGGAAGUAAAAACAAACCAGAGACAUGUCUUUUAAUGCGAGAGAUAGCUGUACCGCGUCAGAUGGCAAUAUGAAUUUACAACAAAAAUCAAACUUUUGUAAUCCUGGAAAUUAAUUGCACAAUUUUUUUUUUUCGAAUCAAAGAAACAAAACUCGAUCUGUAAUUCCACAUAUUUAAGACAAAAAGUGAAAUGUUUUGAAAUUAUUAUUAAUCUUACAGUGAAUAUAUCUAUAUCUUGACAACGUGUGAACAUGGUUGAUGUCGAUCAAAGGAAUAGAGUUGUCUUUCUCGGAGCAGGUGGAGUUGGCAAAAGCUCGGUCUUACAAAGAUUUCUGUUUGGUACCUAUAACGAAAAAUACAAAGAGACAAUAGAAGAUUUGUUCGCAAAGGAAUACGAUAUAUGUGGAACUCAUUUAAAAGUUGAUUUUCUGGAUACGGCCGGAAAUAUUGCUUUUCCAGCAAUGCGACGUCUAUCAAUUGUCAAUGCUCACGGCUUUGUUUUAGUUUAUUCAAUUACGAACGAAAAAACAUUUGAAGAAGUCAAACAAUUAUGGGAGCAAAUAAAGGAAGCCCGAGAAAAUUAUCAAGAAAUUCCAUGCGUCAUUGUAGGGAAUCAUUUAGAUGAGGAAAAUAAUAGACAAGUUGAAAGAUUUGAUGCUCUAAAUUGGGCUUAUAACGAGGACUUAGGCGGAGGGUUUAUUGAAGUUUCUGCCAAGGACGAUACCGGAAUUUCCGACAUUUUCAAACUUUUACUUGGACAAGUCAAAACACCUAGAGCUAAACAUACCGAACGUUUUAUGUUGCGACGAAUGAGUGUUCAUUCAUUAGAAUGUCCCGAGCCGGAAACAACGCCACCAGAAGAAAUUCAGGCGGAAGACAAGUCUAAAUUCUCACGCAGUCGCAGUCUUAUACGAAGAGGAAGCAAGCCAAAAAUGAAGCGAUCAUCAAGGUCAAAAGGUGACUGUGCCGUUUCAUAAUUUUUUAUACUUUUAAAGGAACAACAUUCCAACUUAUUGGCUACCAAAUGUGCUUAUCGACGAGUUUGAGCAUUUGCUGCGAUGUAAGGUUUGUUAUAAUUUUGAGAGAAAAUGUCCAACCAUUUAUUAAAUGCACGAUUUUUUAUAGUUGUAUUGCAAACUAUUUUAAUGUUUUAUAUCGUAUUCAAAG